UCACAAAAAAAUGCGACGCAUUACUUUCCGGACAAACCCUGUAUGCAUCUAGUGUGUUUGGGAAUAAUGCGGAAGUUAAUAUAUUUAUGGCUGGGUGGAGAACUCCAAUAUCGACUACCACAUAGAGCCGUUGAAGAAAUAUCUGCAUGUCAAAUUCAACUAAAGUCAUCGAUACCUAGAGAAUUUGCAAGAAAGCCGCGAAAACUGGAUUGUGUAAAAUUAUGGAAAGCUACGGAAUUUAGAUUAAUACUGCUGUAUACGGGUCCGUUAGUCUUUAAAUCUGUAUUACGAAAAAGUGUGUACAUUCAUUAUAUGACACUACAUGUAAUUAUUAGAAUCUUGUGUUUAAAGGAUUAUGUGAAUGAUGAACAUUAUUUAUCUUAUACACAAGACAUAAUUCGUUUUUUUAUUAAAACUUUUAUUAAACUUUAUGGAGCGCAACACGUGUCGCAUAAUAUACACAGUCUUAUACAUCUUGUGGAUGAUGUAAAAAAAUUUGGACCACUCGAUAAUUUUAGUGCAUUCAAGUUUGAAAACCACAUGCAAGUGUAUAAAAAAUAUCUCAGAAAAGCGGAAAAACCUUUGGAACAAGUUGUAUGAAGAUGUACAGAACAAGAAAUUAAUUUAACUACAUCACAUGAUUCGUUUGUUCUGACACAUCCAAAUGUAAUGUCAUUACACUCAUUACAUGAAGAUGGUCCACUUAUACCUAACUGCAGCAAUCCACAAUAUAAAAUACUCAAGUACAACGGACUUACAUUUAAAGUUGGGACACUUGCAGACAGCUGUUGUGAUUUAAACUGUGAUGUUAUUGUAUGUAUUGAAAACAUAGCACAUUGCACAAGACGAAAUAUCCCUGUUAUUAUCGGAUACGAACUUUUGGAAAAAAAAAAAUCUAUUUGAUACUCCUUGUUCAUCUUCGUUACUUCAGAUUUAUUCUGUAAAAUAAUGCUCAAAUUUGAAGUCAUGGCCAUUGAAAAACAUAAUAAAGAAAUAUGUUAAAUUGCCAUGUGAAAAUAAUAGAUAUGCAAUCUUCCCAUUCUUACAUGAGAUAUAAAUAUUCAAUGAUAUUUAUUAUCACACAGAAUGAAUAAUAAAUGUUAUGCGAUCGUCGAAUUCGAGGACGGUCUUCAAAUUGUACCAAAUAAUUGGUUAAGAAUUGACGAAGAAUCAACAUCAUUUUGGCCAAACUUCACCAGCAACAAGCGGUAUGAGAAGGCAGUUAAACAUAUGGAAGAUCCGGAUCAUGAAACUUGGAGGCAACAUCCUGUUAAAAAAAUAUAUGGAACAUUUAACGACUAUGCAGUGGCAAGAAUACAAUUAAAAGAAGCCGAAGAGGUAUCUGAUAUUAAUAACUCUAGCGCUGAUAUAAAAGAAAAACUUAAAAAAUCGAGAAAACAUAGAGCUGCAAAAGUAUACUAUUCAACGAGUAACGACGAUUUAGAUGAAUCAGACGACACAAUGUCAGAUAUUCCUACGUUUUCACAAAAAACUUGUACGACACAAGAAAAACCUAUCAAAAGAAUAAAAGUGACGGAUGUACAAAAGGAUUUUAACUAUUCCAAGACAAAAACCCCUAAUAUUAAGAAAUCAUGCAUAAUCAAAAAAAUAGAACAUUCUGAUCCGCAUUGUGAUAAGUCUGAUGCUUCCAUUAAUAGUGAUGAUAUAAAUAACGUGAUGGGAACUCAAAGUGAGUCGUUUAAUCAGCAAGAUCUUUCGCAUUGCGAUAAGAAUUUGUCUGAUGCAAAUUCAAAAAAAAAAUUAUUCAUAGAUAGCGAAGAUAUAAAUCCGAACGUAGUAAACAAAUAUAUUAAUAAGCAAGUCGUGCAGUGUGAUAAAAAUGUAUCCCAUGCAAAUUCCGAACAACAAUCGUACGUUGAUGGUGAAGAUGACAAUAAUAAUAAUGAUAUAAAUGUAGACGUGAUAGGACGCAAGACAAAUUUAGUCAUUAAUAAGCAAGAUAUGCAUUAUUGCGAUAACAAUUUGUGUGAUGAUAAUUACGAAGAAAAAAAUUUUAAACGAUUUUUCAUUGGAAAACUAAUUCAUUUUAAAUUAAAAAUGAACAGUAUGGAAAGAAAUCAAAAAUUAAUACUUCGGAAACUUUCAACGGAAAAUUUUGAAACUGAGCAGAAAGAAUUAAAUGACAUAAAUAAAGACCUACCACUGAAAGAUGAAAAUAGUUUAAAUGUAUUGGAAAUUAAAAUAAGUACUGAUGUACUUUAUCGAAAUGAAAUGAUUAAACACUUAGCCUACGUAAUUAGUACAGAUUUGAGAAGUUCAUGUAUUCGUUUAAUGCGAAGAAUUUUUACUAAUGAAUUAGCUGUUAAUUACAGCUGGUAUGGAGCAAAGAAAAAAGAAAACUUUUCCAAAUUACAUAUAUGUCAAGUUAUUAUGUCUACAGUAAGAAGAUUGCAUACAAAUGCAACGGAUCAGGAAAUUUCGGCGCCAAUAAAAAUAUGGUUAGCUCAUGCAAGAGAGCGAAUGCAAAAGCGAUUAGCUCAGAUGAGCAGACAGGAAAGUGAACAGACUUAAUUUUUAGAUACAGUGUCUGUGGGAAAACAAUAAAGGCUAUUGAUGCUGUCCGAUCCAAGCGGAUGGGGUAUUUUAAAAAUUAAAAUAUUUUUGGUUUUGUUUUUUAUUUUAUUUUUCUAUUCUAAGGAUAGUUUUUCGUUUGAUUUACGAUUGACGAUUAAAAUAUUUUUGGUUUUGUUUUUUAUUUUAUUUUUCUAUUCUAAGGAUAGUUUUUCGUUUGAUUUACGAUUGACGAUUAAAAACAGUAUAUAGAUACUUUCCUAAUUGCAUAUAUUUUGGAAAUAAUUUAAAAAAUGUAAAUGGUAUCUCAUAAUCGGCACCUUGACCCUAUACAUAUAAGA